AUGUAUCGAAAUAUAAUAAAUACGUUUUUUAGUAGAGCUACUGCUCGAAAUUCAACUUUUGUAAUUUCAAAAUAUCAAGGGAAAAUAGAUAAUAGUGUAAUAAAAUAUGGAGUAGCAUUAUAUGCAACUGAAGCUGCAGAACAUAAUAAUGUAAAAUUACCGACACCAGGAAAAAAUGAAAGAGACAAUCCAAAAAUUUCAAAUUUAGUAGAACAAAUUGCAUCAUUAUCUUUAAUCGAAACAUCAGAACUUGUCAAAUCAUUAAAAAUAAAGUUGAACAUUCAAGACGUUGCGUUACCUGCAGUAAAUUUUGCUUCAAUGGCAACAGCUGCACCUACAGAUGCAACAUCUACACCUGAAGAAAAGGCUCCCGAGAAAGCAGAAUUCACAUUAAAAUUAGAAAAAUUUGAUCCUGCUUCUAAAACAAAGAUAAUUCGUGAAAUCAAAAAUAUUAUACCUGGAACAAACCUUGUAGAGGCAAAAAAAUUUGUAGAAAGUGUUCCCAAGGUUAUUAAAGAAAAUGUGAAUAAAGAAGAGGCAGAAAAAAUUAAAAAGACGUUAGAGGGACUUGGUGCAACUGUUUUAAUGGAAUAA